AUGGCAUACCCAGGCCAAGUUCCUGGCCAGCAAAGCGCGUACAACGAUCACAUCCUGACCAUCACGGAUCGAACAUGUCCAGAUCCAUAUGUCAUCUGGGACAAGGGCACGUUCUACAUGACAUUCACGGUGGGCGACCGAAUCGAAAUCUGGGCUGCUGAUUCUCUCUUCAAUUUCGAGAAGCACGCGCGGAAAGAAUGCGUCUGGCGACCACCCCACGGCAAAGAAUACUCGGGCGACCUCUGGGCGCCAGAAUUGCACUCCCUCCAUGGCCGCUGGUACGUCUACUUCGCAGCCGACGACCCAAAGCAUGGCAACAAAUCCCACCGCAUGUUCGUGGUUGCUGGACCGCCUGCGGAGCACGACCCGAUGGACUCGUCGAAGUGGGAGUUUGCGGGGCGAUUGGAGGGUAUGCCAAAGGACCAGUGGGCCAUUGACGGCACGGUGAUCUCGCUGCAUGGGGGACUGUGCUUCGUGUAUUCGGGGUGGCCGCUAGGUACAGGGGGCGAUGAGAGCAAGCAGGAGAUCUACAUAAUUGAGAUGGUAAGUCCGACGCAGUGUCAGGGACACCCGGUGCGGAUCAGCACGCCGGACAAUCCGUGGGAGUAUUCUGGUAGAAGCGGUAUCAACGAAGGUCCGCAGUUCUUGUGCAGCCCGGAUGGCAGGUGGGCGGGUGUUGUGUAUUCGUGUGCGGGAAGCUGGACCCACGAAUACAAAAUGAACAUCCUCCACUUCACCGGCGGACACCCGCUCUCCCCACAAUCCUGGCAAAAAUCUCCUUUCCCACUCAUCCAAGCUGCCCGCGACGAUACACCUCCUUAUGGCCCUGGCCACGGCAAUUUCGUCUCCGUGAAUGGCCCCACCGGUUCAGAAGUCUGGGGUGUUUUCCAUGCCACGGAUGCCAAAACGGGGUGGGAUGGCAGGAAAGCGAGGAUUAUGCGCGUAGGAUGGGGGACGCAGGGUCCAUUCAUGGGGAAUGGGUACUGUGGAAGAUGCUGCAGCGAUGUGAAUCAUUUCCUGCAUGGUUGUGAUGGCGGGGCAUGCGGGGGGAAGGGACAUUGUGGUGGGCAAGGUGGGUUGACGGAACCUGGGAGCGGAUUUGGAAGGGAGGAGGAUUUGAAGAGGGAGGCGAAAGAGUUGCUUGGGAAGGGGAAAAAGGUAUUUGGAAAGAUUUUCAAGUGA